AUGGUUGCUGAUGGGCGGCUAGACCCGUCCUCUACUCAGGCAGUGUAUCAUGACGCCAGAGCUGCUCAGUCGUCGCCAAUGGAGGGCCUGUCAGUUGGACACAUCGUGAUGAUCGUCGAUCUUCAACUCCCAGAGCAUCAUGGCCUAUUGGAAAAUCAGAGCAACGUGAUCCAUGGGCUAGAUGGGCUGAUUCGUCGCGGAGGUCAAGGUCCAGACCGAACCUACAUCCGACCUGGUAACCGCUAUGAACAGGAGAAGCUGCUGAAGCAGAGCCACACACUGUACGUCGGGAACCUCUCCUUCUACACCACAGAGGAGCAGGUACACGAGCUGUUUUCUAAAAGUGGAGACGUCAAGCGCAUCAUCAUUGGUCUGGAUAAAGUCAAAAAGACAGCCUGUGGAUUCUGCUUUGUAGAAUACUACACACGUACAGGUGCAGAGAAUGCCAUGCGCUUCAUUAAUGGCACACGGCUGGAUGACCGGAUCAUCAGGACAGACUGGGAUGCCGGCUUCAAGGAGGGAAGGCAGUACGGCCGUGGCAAAUCUGGAGGACAGGUGAGAGAUGAGUACAGGCAGGACUACGACCCAGCCAGAGGGGGCUACGGGAAGCUGGCUCAGCAGCAUCGACCCACAGAGGCACGUAAUAGUUUUUAGACUGAACCCCACCGCAGCAGUCUGCCUGGUCUCCACAGAGCCCCACCCUCAAUGCUGGACCACAUUCAUUCUCAAACCAUGCUACAACAUGCUGCCACAGAUUGUUUGUCCACAGUGGCUGGAUUUCUGUCCCUGUCUCACCCCAGCCUUCCAUCAUUCUACAUGUUAACACAGGUCACACUCUUCACUGUCAUUUCUCUUUUUUUGUCAUUAUCCUGCAUAAAAUGCAGCAUGUAGUGGCUGUGUUCAUGUAUCAAAUAUCAAGACAAAAUGAUCUUGUUGAGUCUCCAUGUCAGGAUGAAAUCAUAGUCUAGUGAAGUAAUACAACGAAAGCAUUUUGUCAUUUUACUGAUUUCCAUGAAUGAAGCUUCAGAUAGUAUGUACUCUUUUCUUUUUU